CUGUGAUUCUGUUCGUCCGGUUCAGUCACACCGCAUCACUCAGGUGAAUGUAAUCGUCCUCCACCUUGUUGUACAUUUAGCAUAACUGUUGAUCUUCCUUCCAAUCUUCACUCUCACUUUCUAAACUUAAUACUUAAUAAGAAUAAUAUAAAAAUAAUAAUCUCAAUAAAGAUUUUUCACAUAACACAUUUUGAGAAUUUGUUGUUAUUUUAAAAAUUGUACAAAAUUAGGACAAUUUUUCUUUCGCGUUUCUGUGACAAUUGUGACGUGCAGGUUCCACAUUGACAAGUUGUGCUUUUCGGUAGAUGCUAGAAAGAAAGUGACCUAAAGAAAAAAAAACAUAAAAAAUUCGACCAACAAGAACCUUCGGCUCAAAACCUUUAAAGAAGAAAAUACAAGAACAAUCAUGAAUGGAUUAUCAAAACAAUGUGUCAACGAUGAGAACUCAAUGAAAGCGAAGAAACCUCAUCCACUGAGGUCCAUUUCUUGGAAUAAAAAUAUCGAGGAAGGAGAUUUGGAUGUACCUGGAACGCCAAGAACACCUCGUACUUCCACUACGCCAGGUCAUGAGAACUGUACUUUUCAUCAUGAUCUUGAAUUGGAUCAUAGACCACCUACGCGAGAAGCCUUGUUACCAGAAAUGUCAAGAAGUUACAAAUUACUUUUAAGUUCACUAGGAGAGGAUCCAGAUCGACAAGGACUUUUAAAAACACCGGAAAGAGCAGCCAAAGCCAUGCUAUUUUUCACUAAAGGAUAUGAUCAAUGUCUUGACGAUGUCAUCAACGAUGCCGUAUUCGAUGAGGAUCACGACGAGAUGGUUGUAGUUAAGGAUAUAGAAAUGUUUUCUAUGUGUGAACACCAUUUGGUUCCUUUUUAUGGAAAAGUAUCUAUCGGUUAUCUACCUUGCAAGAAAAUUCUUGGUCUUAGUAAAUUAGCCAGAAUUGUAGAAAUCUUUAGUAGACGUCUUCAAGUUCAGGAACGCUUAACAAAACAAAUCGCAAUAGCUGUUACGAAAGCUGUGGAACCUGCGGGAGUGGCCGUAGUGAUCGAAGGAGUACACAUGUGUAUGGUAAUGAGAGGCGUUCAGAAAAUCAAUAGCAAGACCGUUACUUCAACGAUGCUCGGCGUUUUCCGGGAUGAUCCAAAGACUCGUGAGGAAUUCCUCAAUCUUGUCCAUAACAAAUAAAUAAGAAGAAAUUUGUUAGGAAGAUCUUAAUCGACGUUUUUUCAUCACAAUUAUGAUCGUUCUCUCUAUUAAUAUGGAAUUGUUACAACUCUCUUUUAAUAUCUUCUUUUUCUUCGUCUUCUCCUUUUUCACUGUUUAAACUAUUCUUCUUCUAAAAUUUCUUCUUUGACAUUAAGAUCAAAACAUUUUAGAUUAGAUCUUCCUUAAAAUUUAAUUAUUUUCAAGAUUUAAUUAAACAUGUGUACUUAAAUACAAACAAAAAAAAAGGAAGAUAUUCACGCGUUUAAGAAAAAAAUGUCGGUUUCUUCUUCUCUUUAAUGAAAUUCAUUCAGGAGUAAACCCAAGGUGUUCGUGAAGAAAAAAAAGAGCAAAAAACAAAGACAAUACGAUAUAUUCGCAAUAAUAUUAAUCGUUCGAAUUUGCAAAUGAUUUAAUAUGCACGAACGAUUAAAGCAAGAUUAAAAGGGGGGUAGAAAUUUUGAUUGAAAUUGAAUUAGUGUGACAAAAAAUAAUAUUAAUAACAUAUGUAUAUUAAUAACAUAUAUUGAUAGAUAUGUGUACUUUAACAACGUGCUGCUGGUACAGCAAAUUUUCAGUUAUUUUAGUUAUUUUUUUUAAUUUUUUCCUUUUUUUUUUAAUAAUGAUAACAUCAACAAUUUACACAGACUAAACAUAAUUUGCAUUGUUUUCACAUUUAUUUCAUUCCCUACAUUAAAAAUAACGACGUUGUUGACGAAAAAGAAACCAACUCCUUAAAAAGAUAUUAGGAAUUCUUAGGAAUUUUCUAAUAGCCUAAUUUACUCUAAAAUAUUGACAAUAAUUUUAUUCAUAGAUAAAAAGUCUAAAGUAAAUAUUAAAUGAAAUAUAUAUUAAGAGUACUCGUUGCAAUAUUAUUUUAUUAACAUUAUUGACUCAUACGAUUAUUGUAAAACGUUACGGCCAAACGUUUUGCUAUCUUGAAUCGUGACGUAUCAUAUUUAUGUGUUAUGAUAACUUAUCAUAAUUUUUCUUUUUUUUUCCUUUUUCAAUCGUACGUAUUUCUUAAUAUAUUUUAAGGAAACGUAAAUAUUAUUACCAAUAAUGAUAAUUACACUAAUAUUAUAUUUAAAAGAACAAAAUAUUAUAAACUGCAUUCUUCGAAAAACAACACUCAGCCAUGCGUUGUUAUCGAAUUAUGCAACAAUCCAAAAAUUUGCGUGAAUUUCUUUGUUAAAAUCAUUUAAUAAUUUAUCAUACUUUAUUUAAAAAAAAAAAAA